AUGAGCGGCGGUAGCCCGCAACAACCGGUUCUCCUGACUAUACAACUGCAGCUGUCCGUGAUUUCGCCAAACUCCGACACGGCCCAGAUAUCCGCCAACGCCUACGUGACCCGCAUCGAUGCCGACGACCAGCAGCUCCGGGGCGGGCGAUUCCCCGGUCGCCCCGCCGGUCAACCGAAGGGCUCACGCUCCCUCGUCGAUCCUAUUGCCCGAACAGCUCUCCGAUAUUCCAUGUCCGCGCGCGAAUAUGCGACACUCCACAACUAUGUAAUCUCGCGGUCAAGACUGCUCAAACGCGCCGCCCCUUCCGUCAGUACCGUUGAAAAAUUGAUCGAUGGGAACCGCGCUGCCGCGAGGAAAGAUGCCAAAGAGAGCAGAGCGGCCAGCGGAGGCGACGAUUACAAUGUGCGCGCCGUGCGACACGCCAUCCGCGUAUUUCUUGCGACCGGCUCCCUCAUGAAGCUCUACGCUGUUGUGUCCAAGAAGCUGAAGCGAACUGCAGAUGCUGAGGUAAAUUCGGGCAACAAGCAGCCCCCGAAACCCUCGCACCGCCGCGACGCUCACCUCGCCGCUUGCACCUGCUAUUGGCGCCUCGUUCGCCGGUCUGAUGCUUGGCAUCUACCCGGCGAAGCAGCUACGCGUAUCUAUUACACUUUUGCCAUUUUCCGGGCCCUCGAGUUUACCUGGAACAUGUGCGAGGAAGAGGGUCUGGUCUGGGGGCUCAAACCCGGUGGCAAGGGGAAGAAGGAGCGGCCGUGGUGGUUCGGCAGCUGGAUGCUCCAGCCCUUCGCCUUUGGACAGUUGCUUCACGCCGUCACCUUUGAUAGGGACUGCUUCCCAAUGCCUUUUGGCAACUUCAUCUUUGGAAAUUCGACUGCCUAUCUCCACGAUCGGCCCGCCGGAUUCCCCUCUCACAUCAAGUGGCCAGGCACCUACGAUGUUGUUGAUAGCCUGGCUCGCAUGGCGAAGCUGAACUGGCCACCCUUUCGCCCACCCCUCAUCACCUCCCUAGCCUGCGCGACUCUGCAUCCCGGUGACCCGUCGUGCCUACGCACAUAUCUCACCUUUUGGCUACGCUCCUUCCCGCCCUUAGCGCGCUUCUUCCUCUUCUUCUACUCCGUCCUCGCCUUCCCUCGUUUUGGCGCCCUCUACAACUCCCCUGUCCAGACCCUAAACCGCAUCCUCGCCCGUGCUCUCCGAUCCUCCACCUUCGUCACGGGUUCCAUUUCCACCGCCUGGGCCUCGAUCUGCGUCUUCCAGUCCUGGUUCCCCAAGUCCUUCCUCGCUACCCAGCGCUUCUUCCUGGGUGGUUUCCUCGCCGGUCUCUGGGCCUGGGUUGAGCGCCGCUCCGGCCGUGGUGUGUUCCUCUACUCCGCGAGGGCUAGCGUCGAUAGCCUCUGGAAGGUAGGCGUCAAACGUCGUUGGUGGAGAGGCAUGAAGGGCGGCGAUGUUUGGGUCUUUGUGCUCGCCCUCAUGGCUACUGGCGUUGUUUACGAGAGAGAUCGCAAGGCCAUCAAGGAAGGCAAUUGGAGAAAGGGCGUCUCCUGGGUAAGAGGCGAGGGCUUGAGGGAUUGGAGCGUCGAAGAAGAUGAGCUUGUUCAAGAAAAGGAUGCCGCCUGA